AAGAGGAGCGUAGCGAGCGAGUCCUGCUCUUCUCUGGAUGGUGCGCACACAAAUUGUAUCUUGUUCCUAAUAUUUUGGCUUUAGCUAGGAACAAAGUAAAAACAAAACAAAUUGUAAACCUUUUCAAGUGAAGCUUAACAGUGACAUGAAGUGGGGUUGGGUGCUUUUGGGGGUUCUGUUAACUUUUGGUUAUCUGUGCUGGAGCGAGAAGGGCCUGGAGUUCCCCGAAUAUGAUGGGAAGGACCGUGUCCAUCAACUGACCAUCAAUAACUACAAGUCUGUGAUGAAGAGAUAUGAUGCCAUGGUCAUCUACUACCACAAGCCUGUUGGCGAGGACAGCAUGUCCAGAGAGCAGUUUGAAGUGGAGGGACUUGCUUUGGAGUUGCUCACAAGCCCCGCCUCCCUGACGUACAAGCUUGCUGCGCAGGUGCUCGAUGAUCUUGAAGACGAGGACAUUGGAUUCGGCCUGGUGGACUCAAAGAAAGACCGAGCUGUUGCUAAGAAGCUGGGUCUGCUGGAGGUGGACAGCAUCUACAUCUUUGCAGAUGAGGAGAUCAUCGAGUACGACGGAGAGCUGGCGGCCGACACGCUGCUGGAGUUCCUCUAUGACGUGAUCGAGGAGCCUGUGGAGAUCAUCAGUAAUGACCGAGAGCUCAAAGGCUUCCAUCACAUCCAGGACGACAUCAAACUCAUGGGCUACUUCAAGAGCCCCAAAUCUUCAUACUUCAUUGAGUACGAUGAUGCAGCUGAAGAGUUUCAUCCCUUCAUCAAGUUCUUUACCACAUUUGAGCCAAAGAUCGCUAAUAAAUUAAACCUGAAUAUGAAUGAAGUGAAUUUUUAUGAGCCCUUCAUGAUCAAACCCGUCACCAUCCCUGGAAAACCCUGCACGGAGGACGACAUCGUCAGCUUCAUCGAGGAGCACGACAGAUCGACUCUGAGAAAACUGGAGCCUCACAGCAUGUAUGAGAUCUGGGAAGAUGAUAUUAACAGACAGCACAUCGUGGCCUUCGCUGAGGAGUCUGACCCUGACGGUUAUGAGUUCCUGGAGAUCCUGAAGGAAGUGGCUGCAGAAAACACAGAAGACCCAGACUUAAGCAUCAUCUGGAUCGAUCCCGAUGACUUCCCACUGAUGGUGCCGUACUGGGAGAAGACCUUCGGCAUCGACCUCUCGUCUCCUCAGAUCGGCGUGGUGGAUGUUGAGGAUGCUGACAGUGUGUGGAUGGAGAUGGAUGAUGAAGAGGACAUGCCGACCGCUGACGAGCUUGACACAUGGAUCGAACACGUGAUGUCUGGAAGAAUCAACACUGAUGGAGAAACUGACUACAACCAUGAUGAUGAUGAUGAUGAUGAUGAUGAGUAAAUUCUUACCUCCAUCUCAGACAUCACUUCACCGUCAUACGCUCAUGUGUGUGACAUUAAGAGCUCACCAGUCUGUCCACGUUCACAUCAUCACAAACUGAGCUGUUCUGUCAUUGCGUCUGGAGGAUGUGAGAAACAUUUUGAGGAUCACUGCAGAUGUUUCUCUGCCAGUGACACACAUCUAGUGAGAACGUGUGCGGUGUUUGUUAAGCAAUAGCAAAGCCUUGUAACAGCUAUUUUGAUAUUUGUAUUGACUUUUAGAGCAGAAUAAAUGAUGCUCACCGAAAGGUCUCAAAUAACAGUAAAAUUAAAAAAUAAAUAAACAA